ACUGGCUGUGAAAUCUGAUCAAGGAGAAUUUUGCUCUAAAAAUAAUAAUAAUGACUGCCAUUUUGAAACCGGAGUGAAAUCACCAUAUAGAACUAAAAUAGAGCCGAGCAGAGCUAGGAUCUGCGUGGUGGUUUCAGGAACUGCUUCUUCAAGCUGGAGAGAACGAUGGUUGGGAAGGCCAGGUCCUCGAAUUUUACCUUGUCUGAAAAGCUCGAUUUGCUGAAACUUGUCAAGCCGUAUGUUAAGAUUCUCGAAGAGCACACCAACAAGCACUCGGUCAUAGUGGAGAAAAACAAAUGCUGGGACAUCAUAGCCGAUAACUACAAUGCCAUUGGAGCUGACCGCCCUCCUCGCACCGCGCAAGGCCUGCGCACCUUGUACAAGAGGCUCAAGGAAUACGCCAAGCAGGAGCUACUGCAGCAAAAAGAGAGCCUUUCUGAUUAUAAAAGCUACAUCUCUGAACCGACCAAGAAAGUUGUGGAGAUGAUCCCCCAGAUUUCCAGCGUGUGCUUGAGGGAGAGGAGCAAUCUGCCAUGUGCUACACCGGAUAAAAAAAUAGUUGCUACUACCAGCUCACCACAGUCAAUGUUGGAGCACCAACCUGCUGCUAUCACACUGGAGCUGGAUGAAGAUGAGGAGGAUGUCAAGCCACCUGCAUCUUUGAUUGUAGAGUUACAAACACAGGAGAGCUUAGAGCAAAGAGAAGAAGAACAUUUGGUCCAUGCAAUGGAGAGAUCUCCUUCAACUUCCCUGUCUUCUGUGGAUAUAAGAAUGUUGUCUCCAUCUCCCAUCCCCAGAAGAGAUGAAUUUUUCAGGCUUGAAACUGGAGAACGAUUUAGACCGGCAUGUGGGGGAUAUGAUCCCCAGAUGUUGCAAAUGCUGAAAGAAGAGCACCACAUCAUUUUGGAAAAUCAAAGGAAAAUUGGGCUCUAUAUCCAAGAAAAAAGGGAUGGCUUGAAAAGAAGGCAGCAGCUGGAAGAAGAGCUAUUGAGAGCAAAAAUUAAAGUAGAAAAGUUAAAGGCGAUACGACUACGUAGGGAUCUUCCUGAAUUCAACAAUCUUUGAAUAUUUAGCAAUUCUGCUUAAAAACCAGGGUUAUUUCACAAUUCUUUUUGAUCUAGAAAAGAAGUAUUUACCCAAGUUUUGGGGGUAGGGGUAUGCAUGUUUUUUCCAUUUUGUUUCUCAUGCAAAUUUGCAAAGAAAUUAAAGCCAUUUUCCACUGGUCUUCCCAGGUUUUCUGAUUUAAAGUAGAACCAGAUCUAAGACUAAAAAAAAAAACCCCUUUGAAAUCUUAUGACCACAUGACUGUUAGCAAAAGCAAAUGAUAACUUAUACAGCUGUUGUAAAAUAUGCUGAUCUUAUUCUUUUUUCAUUUUUUGGUGAAUCAGUUCUUAUCUGUCCUUUGAAAUACUCAUUUAUUUGUGAGUCAAUAAACAUAUGCAAAAUGGAGAAAAAUA